AUGGCGCCCAACUCUCCCACAGCCCCCUUCCCGCUCUACCUCCUCCCGCGCAUCCCCUUCCGUCGCCGCCGCAGCUCUGCGCAAUCAACAUCCACCAUCUCCACCUCCCCUCCAACAUGCCCUUCCUCCUCACCCCCAGCCCUAUCGUCUUUCCUGACCACGACCCCAACCACAAACCUGCGCUGCACAAAGUGCCUCGCCGACCUGAUCCCCACCGCAUCUAUAGUCAGCAAAGGCUUCACCGGCCGCCACGGGCGCGCCUACCUCGUCGCCCCACCGCCGCCCUCCUCACUACAGCACCCCCCGUCAGCGAGCAGCAGUGGAGACGUGCCAUGGCACCCGCGCGACCUGCCCAACACAUUCACGCAUAAACCUGUUGCGCGCCAGCUGGUGACGGGCGCACACACUGUAUCCGACAUUAGCUGUCGCUGCUGCGGCAGCAUCCUGGGCUGGAAGUACGUCCAUGCCGAGGAGGAGACGCAGCGGUACAAGAUCGGCAAGUUCAUUCUCGAGACGCAGCGCGUGGUCAAGAAUGCGAGUGCGUGGGAGGAGGCAUGUCAGGACGGAAGAGUCGAUGGUGAGGACAGCGUGCUUGGAGAUUUAGAGGCAGCGCAGGCGAGUGCAGAAGUCGAGUUUGAUUCGCAGGAUGAAGACGAGUGCGAGGAUCUGUUUAGUGGGAUUUGGAGCCCGGAGUUGGCGCGCAAGAGGAGGCGGAAUAGGACUUUCCGCCCGCAGUGA